UCGUGUAGACCAGAGUGACAGGCGCACAAUCCCUUCGCAAUGAAGACCAUAAUCUUAUUAACAAUUUUGACCACUUCACUGCUGUGUGUGGGCGGUGACCACCUCGUGAUAGGCAACACUGCGAACAGAGUGGUCCUCGCUGAACACAAGAGAGUCGAGUACAACGCAAUACCAUUCAUCAAAAGGGUGAAAUAUUUUUUCUACUCGUCACCAGAUAAUAAAGUUAUUCAGGGAAUCCAGGCGCUGGACACGCUGCACAGCAAGGCGUCCAUCAACAUAACCGCGGGCGGCGUGGGGCACAGUUUCGUCAACAUGCGCAUGAAGAGCGAGCGUGGAAAGGCACUCGGCUACGAUAUCGGCAUUUACGUCAACCCGCAGUAUCAAUGAUAAACUUAGUUGUAAUUUAAAUUAAUAAAUUUUUGAUUAACA